UUGCAAGAGGUAUUUGACCUUAACCCGAAAUAAAAGGUGCGGGUCAUCUUAUAAAUAAAUAUCCAUCACCCACUCACACACACACACACAUCCUCGAUCCGUUGUCUUCGGCGCCAUUUUCUUCUCGAUUCAGAAUUCAACUCAACAUAGCCCGAUUUUGAUAAAUCAGAGCCCGUUUUCUGGCAACAUAACACCAUGGUUCUAGACGGUGUAAUAACUUCACCCCACAGGAGGUCACAACCCGCGUUUUUCUCACCAUCAUUCAAAAAACAACCCUCAAAAACCGACGAAUUGGGUGAUUUUCCAACAAUUGUUAGGCGACACCGCUUCCUUUUAACCGCCCUUGUGCUACUUGCUUUCUUGUGCACCGUUUAUCUUUACUUUGCUGUAACCCUAGGGGACUAUGACACUUGUUCGGGUUUGACCGGGAGUCAAAAGGCAUUAUGUCAUGCACAACAUGUAAAACAAUCAGUUUCCCAUGGGAAAAUGAAAAUUCUUUAGGGAUCUUGAUAUUUAUCUAGAGUUCUUUCUAGGACUCGAUUAAAACUAAGAAAAUUGUGUAUCCAACAUUGUGGUCUUACAAAAAUUUGUCAUAAAUUGUGGUUUUUUUUCCUGGUUGUAUGAAGAUUGUGAUGAUAUUGAGAGUGAAAUUUUGGUAAAGGUGUAAUAAUUUAUUAGUGCAUUAACAAUA